UUUAUUUUUCUUUAGCCAAUUGGUGCAUUAAAUCCUACAAGAAAAUCAUUUUUUAUUGAACGUUAUAAUAAUUGGGAAUCUGAUACAAUACCACCAUUUCAUUAUGGUACACAUUAUUCAACUGCUGCAUUUACACUUGGUUGGCUUAUUCGACUUGAACCAUUUACAACAUUUUAUUUAAAUUUACAAGAAGGAAAAUUUGAUCAUGCUAAUCGAUUAUUUCAUUCAAUACCAUUAUCAUGGCAAAAUUGUCAACGUGAUUCAUCAGAUGUUAAAGAAUUAAUACCGGAAUUUUUUUCUUUACCUGAAAUGUUAACAAAUUGUAAUCAUUAUAAAUUAGGACGAACUGAAGAUGGAAUUAAAGUUGAUGAUGUUAUUUUACCUAAAUGGGCACAAACACCAGAAGAUUUUAUUCGAAUUAAUCGAACAGCAUUAGAAUCUGAAUUUGUUUCAUGUCAUUUACAUCAUUGGAUUGAUUUAAUUUUUGGUUAUAAACAAAGAGGACCUGAAGCUGUUCGGGCUGUUAAUGUUUUUUAUUAUUUAACAUAUGAAGGUACUGUUAAUCUUGAUUCAAUAACAAAUCCAACAGAUCGUGCUGCUAUUGAAACACAAAUAAGAAAUUUUGGUCAAGCACCAGCACAACUUUUAACUGAACCACAUCCACCAAGAAAUUCAGCAAUGAAUUUAACUCCAAUGAUGUAUAAUGUUACACCAGAAGAUGUAUCAAUGAUAAUGAAAUUUUCAUCAAAUGCACCAAUUAUUCAUGUUUCUGCUAAUACAAAUCCAACACUUUCCGUACAAGCUAUUAUUACAAUUAGUAAUAAACAUGAUUUUUCUAUAAAUAAAUAUCAUCCAAAUGCUAGUACACCAACACAAACUUAUUCUGAAUCAUCACAAACAUCAAUACAUCAACAAACACAAUUACCAUUAAGCAUGGAUUCAAUAUUAGUAUCAAAUAUAAACUUAAAUCGUCGUAAUUUGGGUGAUAAUUUUGAUGAACGUAUUCAACAACGACAUCAAAGUUUUGUUGUUACUGCUGAUAAUCGUUAUAUAAUAUCAACUGGUUAUUGGGAUAAAAGUUUUCGUGUACAAAAUACUGAUAUAGCUAAAAUUACACAAGUACUCUAUGGUCAUUUUGAUAUUGUUACAUGUGUAUGUCGUUCAGAAGUAACUAUUGCUGGAAAUUGUUUUCUUGCAACUGGUUCACGUGAUUGUACAGUUUGUAUUUGGAUAUGGAAUGGUACAAAAGGUGCAAUAGUUGAUCGUGAAUAUCCAAAUCAAGGUUAUAAUUAA